GAGUAAGGAUUGGCCAGUGGAUUGGCUAAGUUCUGCAGUACUGGCAAAAUGGCGACCGUCAUUUGGACGAUCUCCACAUGAUCUCCACUCUCCACCAUGGAUCUCGAUAUAUCCUCCAUUCCUGCUUCCACGUCCACGAUGGCAAGUCAGCCACGCUGUGUCGUCGAGUUGGGAUUUCUUGAAAAACGUGAGGCAUGGGCGCUAAGGAGCACAUACACUCCCAGCAAAGUAGGUGGAAAACCAGCUUGGCUUCAUCUGAAAGAUGUUCCUAAUGGCAAACGUCUUACUUGCCGUAACUGCGGUGAGCCAUGCCUUUUGCUUCUGCAGUUGUAUGCUCCGCGCGAUGACGUCGACUCCGCUUUUCACAGAACGCUCUUUGUAUUCGUUUGCGUGACUCCGAACUGUGCAAAUAAGCACGACGUCGGCAGCUAUAUAGUUUUGCGGUCACAGCUGCCGGAAGAAAACAUGUUUUACAGCAUCGAACCUCCUAUGGAAUCCCCUGACAGCUCUAACAGCCCUUCGGCUGAAGAUUUCUGCAAAAUCUGCGCUGUGUGCGGUGCUUUAGGCGACAAGACUUGCUCUAGAUGCCGUAGCCGUCACUACUGUUCCAAGUCUCACCAAAUGUUGGAUUGGAAAGAUGGUCACCGAGCUCGCUGCAACUCGCAGUGCGUCGAUAGCUGCGAAAGGACUUCGGCGCCACUGUUUCCUGAGUACGAGCUGGUUAUAGAGACAGAAGAAGACGCCUGCAACGAUGACCAAGGCUGUAAAACAGAUAAAGACAGACUUGCAGACUACUGCGAUUAUGUAACCAGUCAUCCGGGGUGUUCAAGUGACGGCGCAGAUGUCGCGGACUUGAACAAGAUGGCGGCAACCUGCCAAGACAAAGCAUUUUGGAAAUUCAAGAAGACCAUUAAGGAAGCCCCUGAUCAGGUGCUACGGUACAAUUUGGGUGGUACGCCUCUCCUAGUUGCCAGUACAGGUGACCCUGGCGACGUGCCUUGUUGUUCCUGCGGUUCAGAGAGGCAGUUCGAGUUCCAAGUUAUGCCUCAAUUGCUCAACAGCAUUACAGAGUCGACAGUGGAUAGCCUGGACUGGGGAACAUUAUUAGUCUAUACGUGCAAGGCCUCCUGCGACGGCGAACCGUACCAAGAAGAAUAUUUGUGGAAGCAAAAUAUCUGUGAGGAAUAGUCAUGAGCUUACAUGUGUGCGCGGUCAUUUCUCAGGAAAAGUGUGAGGGGUGGGAUGUUUUUAUGGCGAGCCUAGCUCGCAGUUUAAAAAUGAAAUAAAAACGCUGACUGCCCAGAAAAGCCUAUAA